UCCAUCUAUUUAUACCCCACUCUUUCCCUGUCCUUUUGUACAAAUCCAUUUUCUCUGCCUAUACACAUUUUUUCUUCCUCUUUAUUUUCUCUCUGCAACUUUUCAUCGAUCCAGAACUUUUUCUAUCCGUUUAUCAGAAAGGAAAAGAAGUGUCAUAUAUGGAUUCUAAAAGUGGGAUAUAUUCGGAGGAAGUAGCUGAGAUGAUAAUGAAUAAUUGUGAUGAUCAAGAAGAAGAAACAAGGAUCGAAGAUCUUAGAAGAGGCCCGUGGACUGCUGAAGAAGAUUUCGCUCUCAUGAAUUACAUCUCUCACCAUGGUGAAGGCCGUUGGAAUUCUCUGGCUCGUUCUGCAGGAUUGAAGAGAACUGGAAAGAGCUGCAGAUUAAGGUGGCUUAAUUAUUUACGUCCAGAUGUUCGACGAGGAAAUAUUACUCUCGAAGAACAGCUCUUGAUUCUCGAACUCCACUCUCGUUGGGGCAACCGAUGGUCAAAAAUUGCUCAACACUUGCCAGGAAGAACAGACAACGAGAUCAAGAACUAUUGGAGGACGAGAGUUCAAAAACAUGCCAAACAGCUCAAAUGUGACGUGAAUAGCAAGCAAUUUAAGGACACCAUGCGCUACCUUUGGAUGCCUCGAUUAGUCGAAAGAAUUCAAGCUGCCGCUAGUGGUACUUCCAGCACUGCUAUCGCCACAAGCGGAGACUCCACCUUUGGUAUGGCAACCGAAGCCAGUUGCUAUGAUAUCGACACUAUCAAUAACAUUAGUAGUGUUCCAAGUCACUUUCCAAGCCAAGUGACGAUGAUGCAACAGCCUAAUAACAUGAUGUGUGACAAUUUGGAAAGUAUUGUGAUCCAGUCCACAACAAAUAAUUCAAGUAGCCUCACACCGGAGAAUUCUAGCACCACUGCCUCUUCGGAAUCAUACGGAAGAUCACAAGUAUCUACGGUCUCUGACAUAACUGAUUGCUACAAUUGUCCUUCUCUUAAUCUUAACCCUAAUCAGGAUUAUUUUUUUCCGGAUCAGCUUGGUUUCGCGGAUACCCUAAUUAGCCCUAUGGGUUAUUAUAACCAAAGUUUUGGGUAUCAAAGUAUGGAGCAAAAGACCCGUAAUCCAUGGAUGGACAGUGGGGAACUAUCGGAUAACUUGUGGAGUGUCGAGGAUAUCUGGUUGCUAAACCAGAAAUUAAACAACAACAUUUGAAUUAAAGAUGAAUUUAUAUAACCCUAAUAUUUGUAAAGGGUAUCGUCAAAUAUGUGUAGCUAGUAUACUGAGAUAUAUUUAGAAGUGAAAAAUCUAAAUUCUAGUUGUGGGGUUUUCUUAGGGUUUGAUUGGGGACCUGAUGUUGAUAACUUGAGCAGGUUUAAACUGUGUUUUGAAUAAUUUUAUAUUAUAGUCUAUGAAAUAUUCAAAAUAAA